UUGUGCUCAUGACUUGAGCCCGAGUCCCUUCCCAGCUUUGCUCUCUCUCUCUCUCUCUCUCUCUCUCUCUGUUUUUCUCUUUCAUAUUUAAUAUUUGAGAGAGGGAAAAAAUAUAUAUAAGCAAGGACAUGGGAAGGGCUCCUUGUUGCUCUAAGGUGGGGUUGCGUAGAGGACCAUGGACUCCCAAAGAAGAUGCAUUGCUUACCGAGUAUAUCCAGGCUCACGGCGAGGGCCAUUGGAGGUCUUUGCCUAAAAAAUCUGGUCUCCUCAGAUGUGGAAAAAGUUGUAGGCUAAGAUGGAUGAAUUAUUUACGACCAGACAUCAAGAGAGGGAAUAUAACUCCUGACGAGGAUGAUCUCAUUAUUAGAAUGCACUCCCUACUCGGUAACCGGUGGUCUCUCAUUGCUGGAAGACUUCCAGGUCGAACCGAUAACGAGAUCAAGAAUCAUUGGAACACCCAUCUCAGCAAGAGACUUAGAAGCCAAGGAACCGACCCCAACACCCACAAAAAGUUAGCAGAACCAGUAAAACGUGAAGUAAGAAGAAGGACAAGUAACAACGACAAAAACACCAGCAACAAGAAACAGAGCAAAAGCAGGGCUAAACCAGUGCCAGCUGAAAAGCAUAAGGUCCACCUCCCUAAGGCUGUUAGGUUUGCUUCUUUAUCCUUGCCGAGAAAUGACAGUUUUGGAAGCAGUACAACUACUAGCCUGUCUCCAAGCCAAGGAAGGGAUCAAGGGUACUGUUUCGGUACGGAACUUGCAGUGGAUGUUUCUUGGAGUAAUUUUAAGGAUUGUGAUAAUGGGGUUGCCUUUUUUGUUGGAGAUGUUGAUCUUGAUAAUGGUUCAGAUCUCGAAUGCCAAUCUCUUCUGCCUACGACAGACACCUUAGAGAAGCUAUAUGAGGAGUAUCUUCAGGUCCUGAACACAAAUGAUCAUCAAGAUCAAGUAGAAUUGAACUCCUUCGCCGAGUCACUGCUGGUAUGACAAUUAAAUUAAAGAGAGUAAUAAAUUGUGCAGGAAUGAGCUGUAAUAUAUUUUCAAGUUUCGUGGAAGAUGAGCUCGAUUGGCCGGUAGUUAAUUUUCACGUGUUUACCUUCUCUAGCUUCGCUAGCAAUAAACCGAUCGAUCGAGAUGGAGUUCGAGGGUCCAAAUUCUAUGAUUAGAUGAUAAUUAUAUGUAUGACAGCGUAUGCGAGGGAAUUAAUCUUGUGUUCUGUAAUAUUACCCUCAAUGCCAUAUAUAUAAUUAAUAAAUGAACUCCGUAAUUAAUAAUAA